UUAUUUGUCGUACAAGUUUAUCAAAAGUGCCUAUUAGUCGGAUAGAAAAUGUUAGGGAUCUUAAAAAUUCUCUAUCCAACAACCAAUCACAUCCAUCUUCCAACAACGGCUCGUUCAAUUGUGUGUUCGCUGAACAUAGCCAAUCACUGAUCGCUCGUGUUUUCUAAAAACAGACAUUAUUGAACCAUGGCUGUCAAAAUGGACCUAAAUGCGAAAGCGGGAAAAGAAAAGGCGUUAACCUCGAGUAUCGGUGAUCGGGAACAUAUUACGAAAUGAUUUUUUUGUUUUAUACUUGAGUUUUAUUUACUUAUAUUUGCCAGGCAUUGCAUAAUGUCUUUUCUGCUACAUCUGUUUAUUUGCGAGCGACUCGUUUGUAUCUAUGCGUAAUUAAUUCCAUUCGAAACGAUAGUGUGGAUUGCACGUAAAUCAAGUUAUAUACGCUUGGACUGUGGAGUAGUUGGAUUUUGUUUAUUAAGAAUUCGAAUUGCGUGUUUUGGUUUUAAGUGUUGUUUCAACAAAUCAACGUGGUGAUGGCUGACAAUAAGUGUGUACAGAUGAUUCAAACGAAUUUUUCGUUAUAUGGUCUCGUAUUGUCGAGGGAGCUUAAAGUAUCCCUCACAAAACAUCUGUUAAAAGUACAAGAAAAAGAACGUGAAUCUUGGAUGAAUCGCAUUAUAGAGUUGAUUUUAGCUCAAAACUUGGAUGGUCCACAUGUUACAGCCAAACAUUUAAAAACUGCCAUUGAGGAAUGCUUAGAACCGCAUAAAUUGAAAAACACAGAAACAGUAUUUAAUGUCAUAAGUGGACACAAUAUACCAAAGAUAAAAUAUGACAUAUCUAAGAAAAAGUAUAUCAUUGACAGUGAAAACCUACAUUCCGAGGUGCAAUGCAAAUCCUUAAUUUUUAAGCAUCGCUUUGAAAUGGUGUGGUACAAAACUUUAAGACACAAACAGUAUUCAUCUUCCAAAUUUGAGAAGCAGUCAGCGGAUAAAAUAAAUUUAAUACCUAUAGAAUAUUUGCUGAGUGAGCUGAAAACUGGAAACGUGUGCAUAAUGGGUCUGUUGACACAAUUAACGGAAGAUCAAUAUUACUUGGAAGAUACAAGUGGAUCUGUUAAGAUCGACUUGGGCAAUACAGAUUUUCAGGAUGCUUUCAUAAUGGAAGGCUGUAUAGUGAUAGCUAAUGGAACGUACAAAGAUGAUACAUUACACGUGGAGAAUAUUAGCUUUCCACCGAUAGAAUCUUGGGAAAGUUUUCGAUCAGAUUUUGGUGACGCUAAUACAUUUGGUGGACCUCACAAUUUGUCCUUAAAGAUGUCAGAAAAGUUACAAGUUCAUGAGAAAAAUAAUGAGGACGGAAUAAUAGUAUUUAUAGCGGAGCUAUGGUUGGACUUUCCAAAUGUUUUGCAGAAGUUUAGAACGAUAUUGGAGGGUUAUAUGAAUUAUCCUCCUAUAGCUUUUGUAUUAUGCGGCCAUUUUCUGAGUUUUCCUACAAAUGUUACCAGUGCACAAGCCUUAAUUACUGGUUUUAAGGACUUGGUCGAUAUAAUAAUGCAGUAUGCAAGUGUGAGGGAAACUUCCAAAUUCAUUUUUGUACCUGGUCCGCACGAUUUAGGUUCCCCUAAAAUUUUACCUAAACCUCCCUUGCCCAAAUGCAUCAUCGAAGAAGUCACAAGAUCGAUACCAAAUGCUAUUUUCACCACAAAUCCAUGUAGAAUACAGUACUGUACGAAAGAGAUCGUGGUGUUGCGAGAAGAUAUGCUAACAAAGAUGUGCAGAAAUUCGCUUCGUUUCCCAAAGGAGGAAAACUUUUUUAAGCAUUUUGCCAGAGCCAUCAUCAGCCAGUCACACUUGAUACCUGUGCCACUAGAAGUCGUACCGGUGUACUGGAAGUAUGAUCAUGCUUUGCAAAUUUUUCCAACGCCAGAUCUCAUUGUUAUCGCUGACAACUUUGAGACGUAUACCGCCAGCUACUCUGACUGUUAUGUGAUUAAUCCGGGCAUGUUCUCGAAAAAUAACUUUUCGUUUCAAACUUACGUACCUGCUGCUAAUCAGAUUCAAGAUUGCCAGCUUCCAAACGACACUGAUAUUGCUUAGAUUGAAACGAUGAGUAUUGUGUGAAAAAUAUUUUCUUUAACUGACUUACAUAUGAAAGAUUGCCUAUUUUCAACGGGACAUCUUGUACAUGGAAAAAGUACGGUAUAAAUUAGGUAAUUUAUAUUAAACAGUGUAAAACAUUUUUUUCUCACUGUCACUUUCUUCUAUUUUCAUUUAGGAAAGAGCUAUAGUCUAGCCCAGCAUUAGAAUUAUCUUGUAUAUAUGUAUGUAAUAUUCGCGUGUGUUUUUUACAACUUGGUAAUAUACAUAAUAUUAUACAGAUUGAGUUUCGACUUAUUUCAAUUUGUCGCGUCGAAAGCAAAAAUCGGUUACUGGCCGUAGUAAAUUAAACGUAGUGUCAUUGGAGUGUAAAAAGUUAUAGAUC